AUGGAGAACUACUCUUACAAUUCCUACCCGGAGUCCGGCGGAUCCUCGCCGAGAUCGCGUGAAGUCGACUUCGAGAAUCCACCACCAUGGGAAGAUCAGUCGACGGGGAACAAUAGCAACAACAGCAACUACAAAGUCAAGUUUAUGUGUAGUUACGGUGGUAAAAUCCACCCAAGGCCUCAUGAUAACCAGCUGGCUUACAUCGGCGGCGAGACUAAGAUAUUAGCCGUCGAUCGUUCCAUUAAGUUCACUGCUCUUAUCGCGAAGUUAGUAGCGUUGUGUGAUGCUGAUGUUUGUUUCAAGUAUCAGUUACCUGGAGAAGAUCUGGAUGCUUUGAUUUCCGUCACCAACGACGACGAUCUCGACCACAUGAUGAUUGAGUACGAUCGGUUGAACAGAGCUUCACCAAAGCCGGCGAGAUUGAGGCUGUUUUUGUUUCCUGUAACUACUCAAACUCCGUCAAUAACUCCAGCUCAUAGUUUUGGCUCCACCGAGGGAAGAUCAGAGCGAGACCGGUUCGUUGAUGCGUUGAAUUCCGGUCCAGUUCAGUCUUCAACUCCGCCGUCAGCCUUGCCGACACAUGGAAAUGCUGAUUUUCUCUUCGGUUCGGAGAAAGUUGUACCUCCGCCGCCGGUAGUGGUGUCGAAAGUUCGAGAUCUUCCUGUCGUGGAUCCACCGAUUCGUCUUCAUGAGGCAGACGUUCCGAUUUUUGAUGAUCGUGGAAUUGGAGCAGAUCGGAUCCAGAAACAUAUACAGGAUCUACGGAGGUUGCGAAUUUCAGAAGAUCAACAACAGACUCUCUACCGGAGACAAAGUGAUGAUAACUUAACUCCAGGUUACACAGGAGAUUAUUACCUCCAGAGAACAUCAGAUAAAGUAAUUCCAACAACACUACCGGGAAGUGUACCUUCUCCGGCACCGGGAUACCAAAUUUCCGGCGGAUUCACAGCUUCUACUAUCUCACCUGAUCAACAACCGGUUUACAUGGUACCUCCUCCCCUAAACAAGUAUCACGCUCCAAUGGCUAGACCGGUGACUGGUCCAAUCGGUCACAAUCCAGGUCAUGGUCAGGGUUAUUAUGCGGUUCAGAGGAUGCCGACGGCGACUGAGGUUUACCGUGACCAGCCGGUAUACAACGCCAUGCAACCGGUACAAUCACAACCUAUAUUCCCUCCACAACAACCACCACCACCGCAGAAGUUACCUACACAUCCGGAAGGGAUUAGAAUGGUCCAGCCAACGGCGGCGAUGACCGACGCAGGGUACGGUCAAGUAGCGUAUGAUAACGGCGUCGGAAGGCAUGUCUACUAUCCUGCGCACGGGAAUUUGGUUACACAACAACAACAACAACAGUACCACCAAACAAUGGCUGCCACGUCAGCAGUAUCAAAUCAAGAUGGGAAGAUGGUUCCUCCGACGAAGAUCUCUCAAGGUUCUAUCUGA